AUGACUGUACAAGGCGGUUUCACCAGUGCGGGCCAGCAAGGCCCUGACAGUCAGCACCAUCAGGAGCCUACUGCGAGUCUGGACUCAGCUGCUCAGCAAACUAAUGCUUCAUCCUCCCCAUCAACUGUCAUCGCACACGCCGAUUCACAUCGACAGAAUCACAAUCCUUCCAAGCUGCCCGCCUUUCGCUUCGCCGACCGCAGAAGCAGCAGCUGUGGAAGUAUCCCGCUAGCUAAUAAGGGUGGCCCCCUGUCCAUUAGUAGCAACCCAUAUACCCAUAACAGAACCCAGAAUCUCGAUUUGAGACACAAUAACAAGGACGAUCACAACGGCGACUAUCUCAGCCAUAAGCCAACGGCGACGUCGAAAUUGAUAUCGAAUUCGAAUUUGAAUUCCACCUCAACACCAACCUCUCCUCCCGUAACCACUUCCCAGAGCGAAUCAGUGGCGCCCCAACCAUUGUCGUCAAUUGAACCCUCGACUAUCGCACCCAAUCUCGACCCUAGCACUAUUUCUUCCACUCCAACUGUCUCACUUGCCCCGAGCGCAGUAGCACCCGAACCAAGAGACCCAGCCCCAGUCCCAUUGGAAGCCCCAAAUAGCGCUGCUAGUGGAUCAGUCACUGCGUCCGACCCUGUCCCAGCACCGGAAACACUCGCAGAGGCGACCCAUUCUACCAAUUCUCACCCGACAACGCAUCACCGCGACGAAAAACACGCUGUCUCUGCAUUAACAUCUACGCCUGCAUCUGCGCCUACAGACCCAUCCACGAACACAAGGCCUACGUUACUCUCCAGAAACCCAUCACUACAACCCAGCGAACCCAAGUCUCCCAGCGACACGAUUACACCACUGCAAUCGCGAACUCAUUCUCGGACGUCUUCGGUUCAACCAUCGUCAUCGGUGGUCCAUCUUUCGCCUGGGGUCAAGCGUCCCGCAUCAUUCUCUGACGCACAUGCGCCUGACGCGCUCUCCCCGCAUCCUGCUUCUUCAGCACCCAAGACUCGGACUCGGCGACCGUUGGUAUCGCGCAGAUCGACAGCUGGAACCUCUUCUAGUGGCCCGCCACCUUCGUUAAACUCGGAGCGCCUUCAAGCAAUCGAGGCCGCCCAGGAAGGUCAAUUGACCUACCCCUCCUCAUCCGACAAUUCACCAAGCCAUUCGCCGUCCGGCCAACGCGAAUUGAUUUUGCCCAAGACGUUGUCCAGAACCAACUCCGAUGAGAGACGAGGGUCCGUUUCGCAGCGCCCGCCCGUCUCAUAUCGACCACCUCUUACCACCACCAGCAGUACAGAAUCAUCAUCCUCGACUGCUGUUCGCGUUCCCCCGAUUCGAUCCUUCCGGUCCUCAGGCUCUCGUAAGAGUCUCACUCUCGACAUGAAUUCCAGGCCGCGCUUCCACGACUCUGGAGAUGAAGUCGACGACACCAACCAUGACCGCACUCUGCGCGCCUUGGAGGGCAGAAGCGACGACAAUGCUCUUCACUCAGCGCCACCCUCCGCAGGUCGACGCGGCGCCUUCGAUAAUGAAGAUACUGGCGACGUUUUCCUAAAGAUUGCCAGGGAAGAGUCUUCGCAGCGCCAAACAGACGAACAGACUUCCGAAGACAAUCGUAGCGUAGUGUCUCGAGCAACACGAUUUACGCAUCGACGACCGCUUUCUUCAGUGGUCCCCCUACACCAACCUAACUCACCUCCCCGGGUUCGACGUCGGCUUUCUGACCAAAGAGACACCUCGCGCUCACGCUCAAGAGGCUAUGAAGAUGACAGAGCGACAGAAAUAUCUCGUAUGUCUACGUAUCGCACAACACUACGUGAAAAGGCAGCAUCGGCGCAUCCUGGAGAAGACUCGGGGCGCAUGCGAAGUUCUACCUCAACUAUGCGUCCUUCACCAGUGACACCUAGAUCGAUCAUCUUCCAAGAACCCAGUUCUGAAAACUCGCAGUACUCUCGCCGAAGAUCCUCCAUCACUGAAAACAAUGCAAGUGGGAGCCGGAGCUCUACAUAUAAAUUCUCGGGAUACGGCAGCCACAACAAGACAUAUAACUCGUCACCACUUAUCAAAUCUUUCGAUUUCCAACGUCAAUCGAAUCAAGAAACUGGCAAUGCGGCGGAAGGAACCGAAUCGACUUUGUCGAACACUGCCCCCUCCACGGUAUGGGACGAACUAGACGACCUCAAAUCAAGGAUUCAUCGACUAGAACUGACUGGUAAGCUGCCUUCGACUUCCGGCGCUGCAGUAUCGAGAUUAUCGGACGAACGACCACCGACCGCGACUACAACAGCAACAACUAUGUCUUCCUCUCCUAAACGACACGAUAAUAACCACCAGAACCACGACGCCGUUAGCACCACGUCCUCCCAUCACCGAGAGUCGCAUUCUAUCCUUCAGUCAGCCCUUGCUAAGUCCAGGGUUCUGCUCGAUACCCAGAUUUACCAGGCUCUUGAGUCUGCUGCUAACGAUGCUAUGGCCCUGGCCUCGAUGAUGGGAACACCCGGCCAACCUGGACCUAUUUCUAGCGGUGCCAGCACUAUUGGCUCGAGCGCGACAGUUACCGAUCGUCAGCUGAGACGGAAAGCGGAGAGUGUUUGUCGCAGUUUAACAGAACUUUGUCUCGCAUUAGGUGAAGACGUUACUCAAACGCAGAGGCCGCGACAAUCCAUCGAAGUGCCGCCCCCCACUCAGAAUGAGGCGCCGAUUACACCAACAGUCAACAAGACCUUUUCUGGGUUCGCUCAGCGCAGGCAGAGCAUUGGAAGAAGCGAACAAAACCCAGUGAAGGAACAGCUCACUAGCCCGAGAACCAUGUCCAAGUUUGAAGAGCGAAGACUCAGCAUCCUUAAUGGCAGCUCCCUGCCUACGUCUCGUAUUUCGAACUCGAUACCAUCGACUCCUAUCGAGCCGAUGGCGAGUAGACGCUCGUCUCUCCAGGUGUCCCGGUCUCGCCGAGCUGGCACCGAAGAGCCAGACGAUGGCAGGAAAUCAACACUUAUGUUAAGAACCAGACGCGCGGGCACUGAAGAACCCGAUGAAGGCCGCAGGACCUCUCUAUUCGUCCGCAACCGCAGAAACACUGUUGGGGAAGAUGCCGAAGACGAGCCGAGAUUCCACACACCUUCCCGGGCGCAAACUGAUCUCAACACUAUUCGAGUAGUGACACAAGAUCAGACGCCACAGCCACAACCAGCUGAAACUACAUCGGCGAUUCCACGCCGACGCUUCGUUUCAUCAAAUCUGGGUGCCUCUCGACUGGCAACACCAUCUGCAAACACAUCUACCCCUCCUCGGAGGUACAUGGAGAGAUCUAUGGAAAGACCUACUCAACAACAAGACCACACUUAUAGUGUAGCUGACAGGCUUGCUGAAGAGCGCGCACAACGCUACACUUCCCUUGGGCAGACAACCAUGAUCAACCGAACCGGCAGUAUGAUCAGAAGGCCCAAGCGGGAUAGCAUUGUAUCUGGCAACCCCUCUACAGCUGCCGGCAGCUACAGAUAA